AGGAAACGAGUUAAUCCGGAAGCCAGAGACUGAUAAGUGAUAAGUAUGCCACCACCUGUCACCAGUUGCCGCUUGACGACUUCAGUUCGUGGUCGUAUGAAUAGUUUGUGUUUUACUGUGUGUUCUGAUUUUUGUUAAGUUAAUCGUCACUGGAUCCUUUCAUUUCGUGAACUCGUUAUCAAGUUAAGGCACUUCUGAUACAUUCGUCAAAAUGCUCGUGUUAUGUAAACCCUCUGGUAUCGUUUUGACGUCUAACAUGCGGUAGAGAGAGGUAAAAAAAAAAAAAAAAAAAGCAACGUAAACAGGCAAACAAACAACAAGGUGACAGUAAUAAACAUAAGUACCAAUGUAUUUAGCACAGACGAUGCUCGAGUACGAAGACGACUACUUUUUAGAAGAAGACAAGAUAUAAGGAAGGCGUCCACAAAUGGCUGAGUACUCACCUAUUUUGAGAGGGCUCUAUCGUGGUGUCUUCAGUGAUUCCGACGAGGAAGACAGUUAUUUUGGUACCAUGGAAGAUCGCAUUCCAGAAUUACAGGUAGCAACAUGCAGGGAAGAAAAACAACGUACUGGUCUACAUGUGAGUGUAGAUGUGGUUGAUGAACUACCAACUCCAUCUGAGAACAAACGCAAAGAAGUGGAAGGUCAUAUCCAAGAAUGCAGGGAGACUGAUUCAAAAAGUGAAGGAGAAAAGUUGUGUGACAGUAAAUGCAUUGAAGAAGAAGAGGCAGAGGAGGAAACCAACAGUGAAAGAAGCUCUCUAGUACAUCUGAAUUUAACACAAAAUACAUUGGGCAUGACAGUGACAUCUGGGAGUGUCACUAUUACAAAGGACAAUUCAAAUUUGAUUGGAAUCAGCAUUGGAGGAGGAGCACCAUUGUGUCCUUGUCUUUAUAUUGUGCAGGUAUUUGACAACACCCCAGCAGCAAAGGAUGGCACAUUACAAAGCGGGGAUGAGCUUGUUGGUGUAAAUGGCCAGUCAGUGAAAGGGAAGACUAAAGUAGAAGUUGCCAAAAUGAUACAGGCAUGCAAGGACGAGGUAACAAUAAAUUACAACAAGCUUCAUGCAGAUCCACAACAAGGGCGGACUUUGGACAUAAUUCUGAAGAAAGUGAAGCAUCGUUUGGUAGAGAACAUGAGUACUGCCACAGCUGAUGCUCUGGGUUUAUCAAGAGCUAUUCUCUGCAAUGACACUUUGGUUCGCAAACUUCAAGAGCUGGAACAGACGGAGAACAUGUACCGUGGGCUUGUGGAUAAUUCAAAAAGAGUACUACGUGCCUUUUUUGACCUCUUGCAGGUGUACAAAGCAUUUGGUGAUACUUUUGCUGCGAUUGGUGUUCGCGAACCUCAGCCCAGAGCCAGUGAGGCAUUUCGACAGUUUGGUGAUUACCAUAGACAGAUGGAAAAAUAUGGAAUCCAAAUGCUGAAGUCUGUUAAACCUAUAUUGACAGACUUGGGUACCUACCUGUACAAGGCAAUUCCUGAUACAAAACUGACAAUUCGAAAGUAUGCCGAUACAAAAUUUGAAUACCUCUCAUACUGUUUGAAAGUUAAGGAAAUGGAUGAUGAAGAGUAUAGUUACAGUGCUUUACAAGAACCCCUGUAUCGCGUGGAAACUGGAAAUUACGAAUACAGGCUUAUUUUGAGAUGUCGGCAAGACGCACGGGCAAGAUUUGCCAGACUGCGUGCAGAUGUGUUGGUGAAGUUGGAGUUGCUAGAUAACAAGCAUGUCCAGGAUGUAGUGUGGCAGCUUCAGCGAUUGGUUGCUGGCCUUGCUAAUUUCCAUGGGGAGACAUACAAACUCCUCCAAGGACGAUCACUUUUUCCUGUAGAAGUUGAUCUCAGCCGGUCUGCUUUCCAGUACAAGAGUGCUGGUGUACCAACACAGGAAGGAACAGAGGAAGAAGACGACGAUGACCUGUUGCAUGCUGAUGAAGCCAAAGAGAAUGACUCCACACUUAUACCAGAGUUAAAUUAAUUUUUAAGAAUAACGUGCAAUUUUGAAGUGUAUACAAGCUUAAAUUCUAUGAGUCAAAGGUUGCAUUGUUUACAUUGUAUGAGGUUAAGAAUCUUAAACACCAGUAGCAAAUGUUGCUUGCUGGGUAAAGAAUCAUAAUUGAUUUAAAUAUUUUUUUGCCUAGUCACCUGUUUACCAAAGAAAACUGAAAUACCACUAUGAUGCAGUGUACAAUUUUUUAUUUGGAUUCUUUUACCAUUUAUAGUCUUUUACCAUUUAUAAUCAUUGUUGAAUUUGAAAGUGGACCACAUAUUGUUUAAUCUCAUUAUUUUUUAAUGUGUGACUAAUAGCAUUAGAGAAGCAAAUAAAGUUGAUUUACAUUUUGCUGCACUAUUGUGUGUGUGUGUGUGUGUGUGUGUGUGUGUGUGUGUGUGUGUGUGUGCGCGCGCGCGCGCACGCGCUUUCUACUUUGUUCUACUUUGAUUCCUUAAUGUUGUUCUAUUGGAUAUGUCUAAUACACAUGAAGUAGGAAUUUGAUUUUGCACUUGUGGUGGUUUCAAAUUUUUGUUCCUGUGAAUAAAUUUCUGUUCUCUUA